CUGCCUGGGCGGCGGGGCGGGUGGCGGCGCCGCUGCAGUGCGGGUACCCGCUAGCUCGCUUACCCGUAGUCCCCGCGCCCCGCGUACCGGCGCAGCCACUUCCUGGCCUCGGGCGCCGCGCAUCCAGGAAGGAAGCAGCAGCACUCGCCAUGGCCUCCCCGCCCGCCUGCCCCUCGGAGGAGGACGAGAGCCUGAAGGGCUGUGAGCUGUACGUGCAGCUGCACGGGAUCCAGCAGGUCCUCAAGGACUGCAUCGUGCACCUCUGCAUCUCCAAGCCCGAGCGCCCCAUGAAGUUCCUCCGGGAGCACUUAGAGAAGCUGGAGAAGGAAGAGAACAGCAAUCCCGUGGCUACCACAGCUGCUGUAAUGCUGGGUCACACCCAAAGCCCGCAGCCAGAGAUCAAUACAGCACAGGGUGAUAACUGAGGCCCACACUGCUAC